AUGUCCACAACAACCUACUUCCUUCUAUGGAACCUCCUGGUAACCUCCCUGCUGACCACAGUGUCCAGAGGCGAGACGAAUGUACCAGUCACCGGUCACUGGUUUGAUGGAUUCCAAGCCGAGGCUUGCAUCCCUAUAACCAAAGAGCUCAGAGGCUGGAAAGCCCACCUCAAGUUCACAGAGGAAGUUCACUCCAUUGACAUCUGGGCUGCCAAUCAAAACUACAACGGCGAAGAGCAUGUCGGGGACUCCCUGUGUUUCAGCUUCGUUGGUCAUGUGACGGGAAAUGUUGUUCCCAAGAUAACUAUCUAUAUUGAAGGAAUGGAUAGGGGGGGGGGUGGUGGAAGGAGUCAGGGGUGGGGAGAGCUUGAGGGGCUGAGCCUUUAUGGAGGCGGCACUGCAAACAAAGACUACAAGGACGCAUUGGCUAAAUCAAUCCUCUUCUACAACGCCCAGCGAUCAGGAAAACUCCCCGCCAAUAACCCUAUCACAUGGCGUGGGGACUCCGCGUUAAACGACUGUGUACCUGGAGGUUGGUAUGAUGCUGGAGACCAUGUCAAAUUCGGUCUACCGAUGGCCUCCGCAGCUACUAUGCUUCUUUGGUCGCUAUACUCUUUCAAAGAUGGAUAUACGGAAGCCAAGACUCUGGACGCCAUGUAUGAUAUGAUCAGAUGGCCUCUCGACUACUUCCUGAAGGCGUGGAACCCAAACACCAAGCGCUUGGUGGUGCAGGUGGGAGAUGGCGACGCUGAUCACAGCUACUGGGGUAGGCCGGAGCAGAUGACAAUGGCUCGGCCAUGCCAGGAAGUUAGCACUUCGUCACCAGGCAGCGACGUAGCCGGAGAGACAGCAGCCGCCUUGGCACUUGGAGCAAUCACGUUCAAAGACAAGGGGGACACCACCUACGCCACCCAACUUCUGACAGCAGCCGAGAGUCUGUACGCCUUUGCCAAGAGCAGCAGGUUUGUAGCUUUAAAUAAAGUAAAAAUGUAA